AUGACUUCGACAAUACCGCAACCGACUCGGUUGCCUUCUAACCCACCUCCUCGAAGCCCUCCGAGAUCAGCCCUUCCUCCGAUACCAGCUUCGAAAACCAGGAAAAGCAUGCCAGGGCCCGGCGACUCGGUUAAGCUAUACGCAACUUCCCCCCUUCCUUCAAAAUUACGAACUCCCUCCGCCGUCCAGACCAAGUCUGCGGUUCCAUCUAAUCUCGGAAUAUCGUCGCUUUCACCGAGUAAAAGCUCGUUCAGAUCCCCCUCGGUAUGCCUUACCCCUGGAAGCCCAGACAAAGCCGUACGCCGGACCGUGAGCAUUGCUUCAUUCCCCCAACCCCCCAAGGCCAGUCGACCCUCUCUCUCCACUCAAUCUUCUUUCUCAGGAAAUCCCCCCGAUAGCCCAAGGUCAGUGCCGAAUCCCAGGACGAAGAAAAAGGCUCCGCGCAUAGAUACUGGCGCGGGGUCGCAACUGAAGAACUCAAAAACACCAAGUCUGCUCAACGGUAGCGGGGAUGGUAAAUCGAUACCCAACUCUCGUAACUCGGGAGGCCACGCUAGUAUAGUAUCGCCCACCCAAAGUCGGUGCUCAUCCGCCCAGGACUCGUAUUCGACCAGUGCCACCACGUAUGAUGAUGAAGAAGGCACACGGCGAGGGCGAGAUGGUGUUGAUGACUCGACUGGCGGUUCGAAUCGAAGUCCCAAGGGCAGAGAGGGCAAAGGAAAUGUCCUGGUAAGUGUGCGAGUUCGACCAGACCUGUCGUCCGGAGAGGGCAAAAACUCUGAAGGAGAAUGGUUGGUCGACGGUAGAAGGAGUUUGGUGUCGUAUAGAGGAAAAGAAGGCGGCGAUUAUUUUUACGAUAAUGUUUUUACCACGCAUGAUAAUAAUGCUAAGGUGUACGAUGCAUCUGCGAAACGACUUGUCCGCCGUGUCAUGGAAGGUUACCAUGGCACGGUUUUUGCUUAUGGAAUGACCGGCACUGGAAAGACGUUCUCUAUGCAGGGAACCGCUACAUCUCCCGGUGUCAUUCCCCUUGCGAUCACAGAUAUCUUCUCAUAUAUCAGAGAAACACCCCAUCGCGAAUUCUUGCUCAGAGUUAGUUAUCUGGAAAUAUACAACGAGAAAAUCCACGAUCUGUUAUCCAUGUCCGCAUCGGGGCAAGGAAAUGGAACUGGGGCCCAAGGCCAGCAACAAGAAGAGAUCAAGCUUCGCGAGGAUAGCAAGCGAGGAGUUUACGCUACGCCACUCAAGGAGGAAAUAGUCCAAAGCCCAACCCAAUUGCUACGUGUUAUCGCCAGAGGAGACCAUUCCAGGAGAACGUCCAGUACGCAGUUCAACUCACGAAGUUCUCGAAGUCAUGCUGUCGUCCAGAUUGUUGUGGAAAGCAGAGAGCGAGCUCCUGUAGCUGGGCAUGAGAAGCGGGCUGCAAUUGCUCCCGGUGGAGUCCGUGUAUCAACCCUCAGCCUGAUCGAUCUCGCUGGUUCCGAGCGUGCUGCCGAAAGCAAGGAACGCAGGGCAGAAGGUGCCCAUAUUAACAAGAGUUUGCUUACCCUUGGAACAGUCAUUGCUCGUCUAAGCGUUGAGAAGGAGGGCAAAAAUGGAGACAAGGAAGGAAAACAUUUACCCUACAGAGACAGCAAGCUCACUCGAUUGCUACAGCCCGCACUCUCGGGUAACUCCCUUGUCAGUAUUCUAUGUACGAUCCAGGUUGGGUCUGGCGGAACCGCUGCAUCUUCCCAGUCACAUACGAACGAAACCAUGAACACGCUCAAGUUCGCUGCACGAGCAAAGAAUAACAUCGUCAGCCACGCAAAACGAGCCGAGGAGUCUUUGGGCAGUGGUACAGGCGAUGCAGGCAGCAGGGUCUUGCUUGAGAGGUACAGAAUGGAGAUCCAGUCUCUACGUCGUCAAUUGGAGAAUCAAGCCAAAGCGGAGACACCAACCACCACCUCCGAGACAGAAUCAAAAGAAGAAGAGCGUGCCAGAGAAAAAGAAGCCGCGCUUCGUCACGAAGAACAAAUGCUGGAGAUGCAGCUUGCUCGUACCGCGCUGAAAGAACGAAUUGAGCACUUAAACAGGUUGAUCCUAUGUUCAAAAUCAACUGGCGUCAAUGCAAGUCUAGCUAGGUUCUCCUCCCAAACCAGCCCAGGCUCCGUGGAUAUUCGAUCACUACGAUCCUCCGUUUCUCAUUCUACACUGGGUGCCGGUACAGCAUUGAAUCGCUCUACAUCUCUUGCCUCAAUGAAGAGCAGUGCAAGUGCUGGCCAUGCCAACGCAGUUGCCCCCUUUGCCCAUCACCAAGAUGACGACGAUGAGAUGAUCGGUGAAUUCGCGGACGGCAUGGCAAGCUUGCAGGUCCAAGUAAAUGCACUCCAGGCCGACCUUGCAGACAAAAACAGAUACAUCUCAACGCUUGAGCGUCGACUACUUCAAGCCCGUCGAUCAAGUCAUUCUCGUGUUUCCAUGGGCCUGAACCAUCACCACCAUCUCAAAUCGUGUAGCACGACAUCUUCAAAUAAUGAUUCGGACCUUGCCUCUCUUUUGCGGGAGAAGGACAUGGAAAUCGCAGACUUACGAUUACAGUUGGACGACAAAGAUCGAAUGGUGGCCGCACUGAGAUCGGCAGCGAGGCAAAGGGACAUGGCACACCUGACUGGCGGGAGCACAAACGCAACUAAUCGAGCAGAUGCUGCGCCUACACCUCCACCGCUUCACCCACCGCCACCUGUGGGAGCAGAUUACAAGAUCAUGGGCAUCAACAACGCCAUAUUACCCCAUCACAACAGCCACAGCCACAACAACCAUCACAGCGAGACGAACUCAUUAUUUAGCAAUAGUGGCGUUGGCUCUGGCUCGGUAUUGGGACGGGUCAGCCCCAACCUUCUUCCGCCGGUGAAGUUAAGCGCCGAAGAUAGAGAUAGGAAGCGAAAGAGCGUUGAUGAAAUGUCGCGCAUGCUGGAUGAGAUGAUUCAAGAUCGAGUCGAGAGCGGCCAUCUCAUUAAGACUUCCAAGGGUCAUAUGCGAGUUUCCAGUGCUGGUGUAUCCCCAAAGAGCAACGAUGGAACUCCGCAAAAAAAUAGCAGGAUGUCAAGAAUGUCAACUGGCACAGUUGCAGACCUGUCGUCCAGCAAUGGCCUCUUCUCGGACGUCACCUACAGCCAUUCUCGCACCAAAGACUCCAUUUCCACCAAUUCCGACAAUCAGCUUCGGCGUGAUGAAGAGCCCUCGGAGCAAAAUGCAACGAACAUGGAUACCUCCGUUGACAAACCGGCUCCGAGGCCUAUGUCAUCGUAG